AUGGACAUCCCAAAGACACACAAGGCCCUUGUCUACGACAAGCCAGGUGAUAUAUCCACCAAUGUUGUGGAUGUCGAAACUCCAACUCCGGGGCCCGGAGAGGUGUUGGUGAAGAUUACCCAUUCUGGUUGGAAAUUCCUACCCGAACCCAUCAAGAGUGGCCAAGUUGGUGGGCACGAAGGUGUCGGCAUUGUGGCCCAGAUGGGUCCAUCUAGUGACGUCUCAGGUGUCCGUAUUGGUGACCGCGUCGGAAUCAAAUGGAUAGCCUUCGCCUGUGGAAAUUGUGCUGCUUGUCUCUCUGGUGCAGAUGGUGUCUGUGUAAACCAGAAGGUUUCUGGCUUCACAUGGCCAGGAACAUUCCAGCAAUUUGUUCUCGCCCCCGCCCACUAUGUCACUCCCAUUCCAGAUGGGCUGUCAAGCGAAAUGGCCGCACCACUACUGUGUGGCGGAGUGACAGUCUACUCAGCCCUCAAGAAAAGCAAGGCUAAGUCAGGGGACUGGGUCGUCAUUGCUGGGGCUGGCGGUGGGCUUGGCCAUCUGGGAGUGCAGCUUGGGAGCCGAGGGAUGGGGUUCAAAAUCAUUGGACUGGAUAUCGGAUCUAAAGAGGAAUUUGUCAAAGGAUGCGGUGCCGAGGUAUUUAUCGAUAUCACCAAAUGCUCUACUGGCGAUCGAGGCAAAAGCGCUACCGAAAUGGUUUUGGCUGCCACUGGAGGUGCUGGGGCUUCGGCGGUGGUUAUUUGCAGUGCCAGCAAUGCCGCAUAUGCACAAGGAUUGGACUUCCUGAAGUUCAAUGGAACUUUGGUUUGUGUUGGUGUUCCUGGCGAUCCACAACCAAUCGAAAACGCCUGUCCUCAUAUCAUGGUCUCGAAGCAGCUGAGAAUCGUCGGCAGUACUGUCGGUAAUCGGAGAGAUGCUAUUGAAACACUUGAUAUGGCAAAACGAGUUGUCUCUACUCCAUUCCAGGUGGAAAAAGUGCAGAGUAUUGACCGCGUCUUUGAGGAAAUGAGGGGUGGGAGGUUGCAGGGUCGAGUUUUGUUAGAUCUCCAAUCGUGGGCCUGA